AUGUUUGCCUCGACAAGGGCGAGCAAUGGGCUCCUACGAACGCUGUUGACGGCCACUAUCCCGCCUUCUUCUACCCUUUGUCGUAGCAGUCUACCUUUAUGGAUUCAACGUAGCUCGUACGCUACUGUUGUCGACAAAGUCACCGCCGCAGCGAAAAAGAAAGAGAGGGAAGCCUUUGUUCAAACAUCUUCGUCGCUUUUCAAGACAUACAAACCCAUCACGCCCGGUACUCGUCACCUUCGACGACCUUUAACACCCGACCUGUACGAAGGACGACCCGUACGGGCCCUUACAGUCGCAAAGCGCAAAACUGGCGGUCGUAAUAGGACAGGCCGGAUCACCUGCAGACACCGUGGAGGAGGCCACAAGCAGCGGAUACGCCUGCUCGAUUUUCGUCGCGAGCAACCGGGUGUACACGAUGUAGUCCGUGUCGAAUAUGACCCCGGCCGUUCCUCCCAUAUUGCGCUGUUGAAAAAUCGUGACCCCAGGGCAGAGGGAAAGGCAAAAUGGAGUUAUAUCCUGGCGACGGAUGGGAUGCGUGCUGGGGACACGGUGCAGAGCUUCAGGUCGGGAAUUCCGGACGGACUCGUCCCAGGGUUCGACCUCAAGGCACUGAACAAGAAAAAGCCUGAAGGAGCCUCGGAAGAGGAAGUAGCUGCGUACGAGUCUUCUCAGUCACUCGCACUCGGUGUUUUCCGUUCCAUGACCCUCAAGUCGGGCAAUGUUCUUCCCUUGCGACUUAUUCCUCCCGGCACCAUCAUCCAUAAUAUCACACUCUCACCUCAAGGCCCCGCUAUCCUUGUACGCUCUGCGGGUACAUCUGGGCAGGUCAUGGCCCAUGAAGACUCAGGCCGGUACACCCAAGUCCGGUUGCAGAGUGGUGAAGUGCGCAAGGUUCUGCAGGAUUGCUGCGCGACGAUUGGAAAAGUGUCGAACCCCCUUUGGAAGCACAGGAGCCUCGGAAAGGCUGGGAGGCGGCGUUGGCUAGGCUGGAGGCCAGAGGUCCGUGGUGUUGCAAUGAACAAAUCUGACCAUCCUCACGGUGGUGGACGUGGAAAGUCAAAAUCGAACAAGCAUCCUGUCUCGAUAUGGGGCUGGGGUACAAAGGGUACAAGGACGAGGAAGCCAGGUCCCAAGGGUCCCAAGAACAGUAACAAGAUGGUUAUACGCGAGCGCCCGAGAGGCGUUGAGAAACGGGGCGCUGUAUAA